UUCCAGGUACAAGUUACAGCAAGCCACUUUCAUUGAAUACAAAACAAUAGAGGAAACACUGAGAGCCCCGAGAAUAGCUUAUUUAGGUACCUGAUAAGGAAACAAUAGGAAUGGUUUUGACUGGUUUUGACCAACCCCCGCAACAAGUUCUCUUCGACAACCCCCUUGCAAUUAUGUUAAAAUGACCCACUUCGCUGUCAAAUCCGAAUUGGAUGCCGCACAAGCCUUAUUGGAUCUACAAAGUGAUCUACGCGAAAUUAUUAAUAAUGGUCAUGAUGACGUGCGUGACCGCAGGGUGGAAAAUAUGGAGUCUUCGACGGCAAUUGCACAAAUGAUGAGCAGUUAUAUGGGGACUAAGGUGAUGCAUCAUCCUCAUACGAGUACUCCAAAACUUCAAUAUCUACCAAAAGGCUUUAAAGAAUUAACUAGAGAAAGAACACUUACGACACCCAAACAAUUCUACGACCAGGGAACCCAGACUGACUUUGAUCUACACAUACCGGAAAUUGAAAAGAUGGAAACCAUUAUAAAAGAGCUGUCUGCUAAAAUUGAGACCUUAGAAAAACAACUAAAAGAGAAAAAUCUUGAAACAUCAUCACUUACCGCCUCCUUUGAGCGUACGUCUGUUUCGAGCGAAGAAAACUCAGAGGCUCAAUGUAUUAGGAAACCCACCAAGCGGAAAAGAAAUCUGACAAGUACUAUUGACUUUGGUUCCUUAAGAGUCUUUGAUCCAACUUAUUAUAAGCGUGACGCUUCAUUACCACAUGAUGAACUGACUAAAUAUAACGAUUGCAAGAGAGACGUGACACCUAAGAAUGACUUAAAGAGAAAAACCGACUUGGUUCCCAUUGGAGACGGCAAUGCGGAAGUGCCAGCACGUCUAAUAAAGAAUUUGGACUGGACAUCUUACACAAGUGCUACGCGAAAAUUAUUGACAGCAGUCUUUACAAGAAAAGUGCUCGCAACUCACUCUCUGACUGGGAAACCUUCUCCUGCUUUUCCGGACAAACCUGCUAAAAAGAAACUCGACCCGGUGCUCGUGAACGACAUUGUCCAAACAGUGGUGGAAAAGUGUCGUGUGCCUGAAAAUGUUGUCCGAACGAGUAUAACAACCAAAUGCGCUGACGAAAGCAAAAUGUUCCGAACCCGUCAACAGAACAAAAAAAAGCGGAAGUCGUUGAAAAAAGAAAAUAUAUCGCCCUCUAUUGAUUCAGAUGAUUCAUAUUCUUUCAAUUAAGGAAAUCAUUUAUCCUAGAUCAUGAUUUUUUCCAGAUAAAUUGCAUGCGACGCUGUAUCUGCAUAUGCGGAUAGUGGAUGACUGGACGCCACGUA